AUGUCGCUACUCAACACUACUCUUCAAACUUUAGUGGUUCGGCUGAGGGACAUGUCGGGGAAUGUGACGCAACAGAAGCUCCACAACCGCGUGUUUGAUGCUUACGAGGCGAAAUCUCUUGUCUUUGAAGCCAUAACACCUGAGCAGCAGACCGUAAUGCGGCAAUACGGGGCCAUCCCUCCUCAACACCCCGUAGGUCAGCCGCUGCUCAUUGACGAUUGGGCUGAACUGGUAAGCAUUCACAAGGAUGAUAACCUGUAUCAGCUUUUGCCACGGCGUGCGAAAAGUAACGCCAGCUAUAACACAAUGAGGGCUAUUUGCUGCAGCGCAGGCUCCCCCUUCACAAUGGAUCACCGAGUGGAUCCCAUAGACUAUAAAUUUGUCUUCCGGGCCGCGGAUCUAGAGGUGCGUAAUCAAUUCAACGCGAAGAGCCCUGACAAAAUUCCGACAACGAUAUGGUUUGAUGGAAUCUUAAGCGCACCCAACGACUCCGGCCUGGUAAGUUGUCACAACACGCUCUCACCAGCGCAAAUAAAUAACCUCGCGGGGGCAUGCCAGUUCCUCAAGGAGUGGUCGAAAGAACCACCAGAAGGGGACCGGCACCGUCAGCUGAAGCAACUGUACGCACAGCUCUUAUCGAAGCGUUCCCACCUCUUCAUUGGCACUACAGCAGUCCCAAGCAGAGAAAUCCUCAACUAUGCUAAAACAAAAAGCGUGUUUGUGUAUGCUAAGAGAGGUAUGCACUACAUUUUUCAUGCUUAA